UGGAGAUUCAGGCGCACCGCCGCCCGGGACCUGUGGCGAGCCCGCAGCGUCUUUGCUGAGCACGUUCCUUGAGCUUUUGGUCCGCUGACCAGCCGUCGGACGCGCGCGUAUCGCGCGCCCGCUUGGUGCCUCCGGGGUGCUCCGUGCGCCGCAGGUGCCCUCCGGGCCGCCCGGAGAGCAGAUCCAUUCUUAUGCCUCCGAUGUAGAAAACCAUUUUUGAAGUGUACACCUGGGCUAAGUGAACCUUUUCCUUUAAGCCAGCAUGGACGAAGCUUUGCCAGGCCGCACACCUGAAAAUGGAGACAGCCUUGUCAAAGUGAAGGAGGAGGACCCCACCUGGGAGCAGACGUGGGGCUCAUGGGAGAGCAGCCGCCAGACUCAGGAGCUUUGCCGCCUGCGAUUCCGGCAGUUCUGCUACCGGGAGGUAACUGGGCCCCGCGAGGCUCUGGCCCAACUCCAAGAACUCUGCCGUCAGUGGCUGCGGCCCGAGACGCACAGCAAGGAGCAGAUCGUGGAGCUGCUGGUGCUGGAGCAGUUCCUGACCAUCCUGCCGGAGGAGCUGCAGGCCCGGGUGCGGGAGCAGCACCCCGAGACUGGGGAGGAGGCGGUGGCUGUGCUGGAGGAUCUGGAGAAAGUCACAGGAGACGGAGGACAGCAGGCUUCUGUCUAUACUCAGGGACAGGACAUGUACCCACUGGUGACAGAAUAUCAAGGAGCCUCUUUGGAGUGUCAGAGCCUCCAGCUCCUGCCCAGGGUAACCACCUUGAAGUGUGAACCUCCAGAGCUCUGCCAAGGGAACCCCCAAGAAGUGAGUGGGCCUGCUCCCCCGGGGACGAGCCAGAGGCAAGGACGCAGCCGGGUCCCAGGUGAGGAGGGUGCCCAGCUCAUGGGAAUGUGGUGGGUGGCAGCCCUCUUCCCGGCCACCUCCUCCUCGCCCUGCACCUGGGGGAGCUUUUCCAGCAGCUCCGCCCCUCUGCCUUCACCUUGUAACAGGUGUCAGGCCACGGAUGCCUCCUGCAGGGGGCCCGUGUGGAUGACGUACCGUUGCCUAUUCUGUGCCGUGUGUUCAGGAGGCACAGCCACAUCUCAAGUAUGGUGUGACGAAGGUAAGAUGAGGUCAUCCGGGGGGGAGGGGGGUCUGGGGGGUGGUGUCCUCAGGAGAAGGCCUUGUGAAGGCAGAGACUGGAGUGACGCGUCUACAAGCCGGAGGACAUGGACUCCUGCCAACCACCAGCAGCCGGGGGCGGGGGCGGCACUACUGCUCUACAGGGGGUGGGGGGUGGCCACGCCCUUCACAACGGGACCCGCCCCCCCAUCCUUACCACAGGGAAGCCGUCUUUUGCUUUUGCAGACAUCAGUGAAGACUGAGGAAGAAGCCGCCCAGGCCCUUGUGGCAGAGCAGCGGCCCCCUCCUUGGAGUCUGGCUUCCAGGGACCCUUGUGGGGACUCCGCUCAGGGGAAGGUUACAAAAGUCCAUCUGAUGGCUGAAGAAGUUGUAACUAAAGAUGGAUUAUUUAAUGCAAAGAAAGAAACUUCUCAAGAAGUGGAGCACGGUGCUGAGGCCCCAGGAAUACCCGACAGAAAUUGUGUGCCCCAGCCACCUUGUACUUCUGUCCAUACGGAAAGAACAGUUGCACAUUUGAACACUCUGAAGGACCGUCACCCGGGUGACUUGUGGGCCCGAAUGCACAUCUCAUCCUUGGAAUAUGCUGCUGGAGACAUGACCCGAAAAGGGAGAAAAAAGGACAAAGCUCGAGUGAGUGAACUGCUACAAGGCCUUGCAUUUUCUGGUGACUCAGAUGUGGAAGAAGAUAACAAGCUUGAGACCCACCAUGCUCAAAAAAAGCUAAAGAUGUCAAAUGUGCCAGAGAAGAAUUGGGCCAAAAGAGACAUUAAACCCAGCUUCCCAAGCUGGUCGGCACUGGAUUCUGGACUUUUGAAUCUCAAGAGUGAGAAGUUGAACCCAGUAGAGCUCUUUGAGUUAUUUUUUGAUGAUGAAAUAUUCAACAUGAUUGUCAACGAAACCAAUAAUUACGCAUCUCAGAAAAAUGUCAACUUGGAAGUCACAGUUCAGGAAAUAAGGUGUGUGUUUGGUAUCUUGCUUUUGAGUGGAUUUGUGAGGCGUCCCAGAAGGGGAAUGUAUUGGGAAAUCUCUGAUGCUGAUCAGAACCUGGUUAGAGAUGCAAUUAGAAGGGACAGAUUUGAAUUGAUUUUCUCAUACCUACAUUUUGCAGAUAAUAGCCACCUAGAUCAAAAAGAUAAGUUUACAAAAUUGAGGCCUCUCAUAAAGCAAAUGAAUAGAAAUUUCCUCCUGUAUGCUCCCUUGGAAGAAUACUAUUAUUUUGAUAAGACAAUGUGUGAAUGUUUUGACAGUGACCAGUUCCUGAAUGGGAAACCUAUUAGAAUUGGCUAUAAAAUUUGGUGUGGCACAACCACACAGGGUUAUCUGGUGUGGUUUGAGCCCUAUCAAGAAGAAUCAACAGUGAUGGUGGAUAAGGAUCUUGAUCUUGGUUUAGGUGGAAAUCUAGUGAUGCAUUUUGCUGAUGUUCUUUUAGAGAGAGGCCAAUAUCCCUAUCACCUGUGUUUUGAUAGCUUCUUUACAAGUGUAAAAUUGGUGUCAGCCUUGAAGAAAAAAGGAGUGAGGGCAACAGGAACAAUUCGUGAGAACAGGACUGAAAAAUGUCCCCUCAUGAGUGCAGAACAUAUGAGAAAAAUGAAGAAGGGCUAUUUUGAUUUCCGAGUCGAAGAAAAUGAGGAGAUAAUUUUGUGUCGUUGGCAUGGUGAUGACAUUAUCAGUCUAUGCUCCAAUGCUGUAGGCAUAGAACCAGCCAGUGAGCUAAGUUGUUCUGCUGAUGAGGACGACAUCCAUCAGAUAGCUCAACCAUCUAUAGUGAAAUUGUAUGAUGAAUGCAGGGAAGGUGUAGCUAAAAUGGAUCAAAUCAUUUCCAAAUACAGGGUGAGAAUAAGAAGCAAGAAAUGGUACUCCAUUUUGGUAAGCUACAUAAUUGAUGUAGCCAUGAACAAUGCAUGGCAGCUACACAGAGCCUGUAAUGCAAGUACCUCUCUAGACCUCUUGGAUUUUCGGAGAUAUGUCGCACAUUUCUAUUUGGAGCACAAUGCUAAUCUGUCAGAUUAAGGCAGAUAAAAUGAACACAAUGCCAGUAUUAACAAGACAAAAAAAUUACAGGUACAAAGCAGAGUGUACCCUUCCAAAGUAAACCUGAUGUAUAUAAUGGAAUUAUUAAGUAAUAUUUUUUAGAAGUCAAACAUCUAUGUAGAAUUUCAAAGACAUUAUUAUAACAAGUAAUUUUAAAAAUUAUCUGUAAAAAUGUUGAACUUGAGUGCCACCUUUCUCUAUGACUAAUUUUUGGUGUGAGACACGUGAGAAGUCAUUUGUUAAAGUGAUUAAUUUGUGCCCUGGAAGAAUGAAAUUGUGCCUUUUUAAUUUUUUGUGGAGAUUUUUAAAAAUGCAAGCACUGUCAUAGUAACCAUAGGACGAUGCUGAAUCUACAGCUGAAAACUGAGGCAGAGCCCAUGACAUAAGGAUGAUCCAAGAAAGACCUUAGGUGAUGAGGCUGAAGACCUCAGUGUUGGUAUAAAACUGGAUCAGAUGGUGGGCAGGAGAGAAGGGCCAGGCAGGGGCGCUGGAAAGGAGUACUGUAAAGGAGAAAUUGGAAGCGAAGAAGUACCUCUGAAUACUGAAAUAAAAGGUGUAUCCUGUUGGGACUGUGGGAGUUGGCAGAGGCAGCUAAGAGUAAAGAAAACUGAGGAAAUAGGAAGCAAAUCGGGUAACAGUCGCAUCUUCAGGAGAAGAAAGGAAAAGUCAACAAUAGGAUGAAGUUGACAUAAAGCCCAUGGUGAAAAACCUGUAUGCCAACAAACCGAAUAGCCUAGAAGAAAUGGAUAAAUUCCUAGAAACACAUAAACUACCAAAACUGAAUCUGGAAGAAAUAGAAAACUUGAACAGACCCAUAGCCAGCAAAGAAAUUGAAUCAGUAAUCAAAAUUCUCCAACAAACAAAAGUCCAGGACCAGGUGGCCUCACAGAGGAAUUCUACCAAACAUUUAAAGAAGAGUUAGUACCGAUUCUACCCCAAAAUAUUCCAAAAAAUAGACUACAAAGGAAAACUUCCAACAAAUCAUUCUAUGAUACUAAAGCUAGAUAAAGACACCAUAAAAAAAGAAAAGGGAACUAGAGGCUACAGCACAGAAACAGGGAUGACUGGGCCUUGUAGCCCCUUAUUCACACUAGAGGUGUUAGAAACAGGAGGGCAGCAAUUGCAGGAUGGAGCAACGUGCAUGAGAGCUGGCUCUUCUGAGAAUACAGGCAGACUGCUUGAGUGCUCUCCCAGGCUGUUGACUUCAGAGCAGUCUGUAUGGGACUCGCACCCCCCCAAAACAAGCUACCUCUUUUCAUUGCCAGAUCUCACAUAAUUUUGGGGCAAAUCUCACGAGAUUUCAGCCCAAGUCCCAUGAGCUCUUGGGCCGUAUCUUGUGGGAACCUGGUAGGAGAGGGAAGUCCCUAGCUAGCCUCCUUUGUGUACGAUAAGUAGGUCGUGAUGAAUACAGAUGCAAAAAUCCUCAACAAAAUAAUAGCAAACUGAAUGCAACAGUAUAUUAAAAAAAUCAUACACUACCAUCAAGUGGGAUUAAUUUCCCAGAUGCAAGGGUGGUUUGAUAUUCGCAAAACAAUCAACGUGACAGA